UCUUUCUUUUCUUUUCUUCUUUUCUUUGCUUUCUCGGGUGCCCACUCGUUGUUUGUUGUGUACAUGGGUUGGCCCACUAGUCCAUCCACUUAAUCGUUCCUUCUUAUUAUAUUAUUAUUGAGUACCUGCCGGGUAUUGGGACUCUAUCGCUGUUCUCUCCUUUUGAUCUCAUUUUCUCCGGGACCCUCCUCACCUUCACACCAACAUGUAUCAGAUCGCAGCCCCUCUAGACCUGGACUACCUGAACCAGCAGCUUCUUCCUCGACAAUACGAAUCAGAGGAGGAAGAGACUUCGGAAUCGGAAUUGGGAUCCCAUGACCAUGCCUUCUCGCCGAUUAAGACGGCGGGCCCUUUUGAUUCCGACAUGAGUGCCGAUGAAGCAUCGAAUGUCCACUCACCCCAGUCACCAGCAGACAAGACCGCCUUUGCCCGCUUGUUGUCGACUUACCCAGCCACGGGCAAGUCCUCUCGGCCGGUCUCACUAGAUACCGUCAAACGGAGUAGUGGUACGACAUUUGUGCCGGAGUCCUAUAUAUUUGGCGACGAUGACGACGUAAUCAUUGAGCUGCCGUCGCCCGACAACACCUCCACGAUGCAGUCUCCGGUCUUCCUGCAACCUACUGUCUACCAGCCUCCCCAGUCACAGCACCCUCAGCGUCGCUCCCGGUCUUCUUCCCCGUGUUCCAUCUUCUCGGUCGACGACUCCGUCGAGGAAUCGGAUGUGUGUGUGGCCGAGCAGGUCACCAUUGUCGGGCCCGUUGCUAAGCCCAAUCUCAUCCUGAUCAGUCCCGUCACCGAUGGGCCCCUGGUGGAUGACCCCGAGCCCAUGUCUGCCAUCUCAGCGCGAACCGAGCCGGACCAUUUUGCGACGGGCAAGGGGCUGUACUCCCUCCACCAGGCGAUCAGAUCGCAGCCGCUCCUGAGCGAGAAACGGGCAGAUCCUGCAUUCCACCUGAAGCGUGGCAGCCUGCAAUUACAUAGCCGGUCUGCGAUGCAGCAUCCUCGUCGAGCGGACACCGAUCCUUUUGUCGCACCGCGCGCUCUGGCUGAUGUGCCCGAGGCGCCCCAGCCGUCCAGCAUGCGCUCGCAGUCGAUGGCUUUCCACCGCCCACAGACCUCUGCAGAGCAUGUAUCCAGCCGUGGACCCAAGGGGAGCAGCAGCAGCCACCUACGUCGACCUCCAUCCCUGCAGACUGUCCACGGGGGCUAUUCGCCGUUUCCUCCGCGCCAGACCUCCAUGCAUCCCGCCGAUGAAUUCCACAGCCGAUCGAUGUCCGUGUCUCACUCGUUCGGGGGCUCCGAUCACAGCCUGCCGCCAUCCCGCACCUCCAGUCCGAUGCCCUACUACUCCUCCCCCACUUUCAACCGACACCGCUCCGGAUCCAGCUUCAGCACAUCCAGCAUGUCGGGCCCUCGAGGAUUUCGGCCCCCAACGACGGCGGGCUCGCUUCUGCCCAGUUCGACGGCGUCUAGCGUGUACUCAGCCAGCAGCCUGCGGUCGGAAGUGGAGAGCGUGUACAGCCUGGAUUCGCCCGCCACGUCGGACGCCAAGACCGCGCGGCGGAAGAAGAGUUUUCGGUACAGCCGAAGCGCUAAACCCGCGAGUGCUGCCGAACCCGCCGCCGCCGCCGCCAAGAGUUCGAGUUCGAGUGGUUUCAUCGGGUUUAUGUUACGAGGCCGGAGAAAGUCCACCAUUCACAAAUAAUAGUUAAUGCGAGUUGACACGGGAUAUCUGGGGCCUCCCGCUAGUGUGUGUGUUUCAGCUUGACUUCUACUUCAUCCUCCUCUUUUUCCGUUUUCGGGAUUAACCGGUGUUCUUUACGGGGGCGUUCUUCUGGCGGUUUAGCGUUGUCAGGUUCUAUAGGGAUUUCUUGCUUUGGAUUGUACUUAAUCUGCCUGGCG